GAUCUUCUUCGCCGUCUUUAUCUUGUUGUUAGAAUAGCAAAUACUUAUGCGAAGUCGCAGACCCCUUGAUUACCAUGGAUAGAAGUAAAACGAGAUGUCUCCCCAUUGGGUCCCUCUCAAGAUGCUGCAUCCAGCGAGGCAUCAGGAUGCUGUGAAACUAAGACUCCUACGAAGCUACGAUCGUAAGACGAGGACGACUACACCGAGCACAAUCUAUGCACACGAAGCUAUUUUCCAAGAUGAACAGGGAAAUCGUAUUCAUGCAUUUUGUGAGAAACAUUUGAUCCCAGACUUCAAGCCUCUAUUAAAAGAGGGACAAGUGCAUGGAAUAGAGAAUCCCAUUGUGUCAAAGAAUACUCAAAAUUUGACUGACCAUCUAUACAAACUGUCAUUUGUUAAAGACACAGUGAUAACACAUGUCAAUGAUGAAGAUUUCCCUGACAUAAUGUUCAAGUUUGGAAAUUUUAAAGCCCUCAAUGCAGCCAAAGAUAUUCAGAAUCGACCCAUGUUUGAUGUUAUUGGGUUACUUCAUGUUGAUCAACCGCCAACUGAAAGGAUUGGAAAAAGUGGUACCAAAGUUAGAGUGAUGGAUAUUUGGCUUGAAGAUUUGGAUGGUGAGAAAAUGUCUUGCACAUUAUGGAGCUCAUAUGUGGAUCAACUCUUGGAUUAUCUCAACCAACAACCACUGCAUCCGACGGUGGCUAUUAUGCAGUUCUGUCAAGGAGCUGUUUACAACGACAUGAACAAGGCCUCGACCUUUUAUGAUGUUACAAAACUCAUUUUGGAUCAGGAUUUCCUGCCUAUAUUGGAGUUCAAAAAACAUUUAAAGGCAAAGGGAGUGAAACCCCAAAAUGUACUAAGCUUCAGUGCAUCUACAUCCAAAUCAGAACCCUCAAGCAUUGAGAUAAAGACAUUACAACAAAUCACUGAGAACUAUGAGCAGGGCCGUGCAUGGAUUCUUUGUAAGGUUAUUAGUUUUGAACAGCAUGGAGCUUGGUGUUACACAUCAUGUAAGAAGUGCUCGAAGAAGCUAUCCCCUACAAAUGGUAUCUAUACUUGUGACACUUGCCACCUCACAGGAUUUGUCAUGAGGUAUCGAGUCAAAGUACGUGUGGUUGACAACACAGACAAUCUUGCAUUGAUGUUAUGGGACAAGCAUUGUAUAUCCCUUUUUGGAAAACAAGCAGAAGACUUUUUAAGGGAUACUGGUGAUGACUCUCAAAUCCCUAAUGCGUUUAAGUCCAUCAUUGAUCAGCCACUCCUGUUAGAGUUGGAUGUCAAAAAGACAGAAUCCAGUUUCUCUGAAAAAACAUAUUCAGUCCAGCAGAUUAUUACUGACCAAAAUAUUUUGGGACGAUAUAUUGUUGACACCUCUAGCACACAGGACUCUGUUACCAGUAAACCAAACAAAGCCAUCACACAGACAAUUGACUUAGUUGCAACUGAGGAAUCCACCAAGAACGAUGAUCCUAAGAAGCAUGGCAGUGAUGUUACCUACACUUGUCUGAGUGCUAAUAUGAAACGAGAUCUUACCAAGGAAUUUGAAGAUAUGCAGGCGCACUUGUCCAAGAAACCAAAAGUGAGUGUGAAGAUUGAAAAGGACUAAGUCGCACUUAGAUAAAUGGGCCAGAUUAUGACUUUCUUAUUUUUACUUUUUUUUAAAAAAAAGUACUUUAUGUUACUUUCUUAUUGUAAUGUCUGAAGUUACUUGUCAAUUAAAUUAAACUUACAGUUGUUCAUUUCUCAUGUAUUACUUCCUAUAUUGUUUACUUAAUGAUGACAAAAGAAUGUUAUAUGCAAUGCUGCCAGAUUUAAUUCAAUAAUGCGACUUAUCUAUU